CAUUCCUCUGUGCGGGUGGUGCGGCUGCAUGUAUUUGUGCGGGUCCCAUAUUCCUAUGUGUGGGUGGUGCGGCUGCAGGUAUUUGUGUGGGUCCUGCAUUCCUCUGUGUGGGUGGUGCGGCUGCAGGUAUUUGUGCGGGUCCCAUAUUCCUAUGUGUGGGUGGUGCGGCUGCAGGUAUUUGUGAGGGUCCCGCAUUCCUCUGUGGGUGGUGCGGCUGCAGGUAUUUGUGAGGGUCCCGCAUUCCUCUGUAUGGGUGGUGCGGCUGCAGAUAUUUGUGAGUGUCCCGCAUUCCUCCAUAUGGGUGGUGCGGCUGUAGGUAUUUGUGAGUGUCCCGCAUUCCUCUGUGUGGGUGGUGCAGCUGCAGGUACUUGUGAGGGUCCCGCGCAUUGCUCUGUAUGGGUGGUGCGGCUGCAGGUACUUGUGCGGGUCCCGCAUUCCUCUGUGCCGGUGGUGCGGCUGCAGGUACUUGUGCGGGUCCCGCAU